AUGAUUAUCUUCAAGGACGUUAUCACCGACGACGAGAUCAUCUCGGACGCUUACAAAAUUCAAGAUAAGGGUAUCCUGCUUGAAGUCGAUGGCAGGAAAGUCACCAAAGGCAGCGAGAAAAUCGAACUUGCUGGAGCCAACCCUUCUGCCGAGGAGGCUGAGGAGGCUGACGACGAUACCUCUGAGGUUGUCAUCGAUAUCGUGGAUGCUUUCCGGCUCCAGCAGUUGAGCUCUUUCGAUAAGAAAGGCUAUACUAUCUCGCUCAAGGCCUACAUGAAGAGCGUUGUUGCCAAACUCAAGGAGCAGGGCAAGAGUGAAGAUGAGAUCAAGGAGUUCCAGACUGGCGCCCAAGAGGCCGCAAAGAAGAUUCUCGGUAACUUUAAAGACUAUGAAGUCUUUACAGGCGAGUCCAUGAACCCCGACGGAAUGCUUGUCCUUCUCAACUACCGCGAAGACGGAAUGACUCCAUACCUCACCUACUGGAAGCAUGGCCUUAAGGAGAUGAAAAUUUAA